CGUCGGUCUUCAUCCUCUACUCCUCCAUACCAAUCCAUAUCCAUCCAUCUGUCUGCGCUCCACGUAACCCACUAUCAGUCUAUCACCCCUCCUCUUUGGAUCUCAUCAUCGAACACUCUUAGCCUGACAUCCCUUUUCUCGUGUGCGCGCUCAUUCCCAUCCGAGUACGGAGUACGGAAUACCUCUCGUCUUUGCGCACGCUCCACACUGCACGCUCCACCACCAUCGAACCCGACGUGACAUGCCUUGCAUUUGGUGAUCCGCUUCCUACAGGAAUGUCGGCCACGAUCGAAUCGGUAGUUCCACCACAGCCUCUCCCAAUUGCAUACUCUCGUGCGGCCAGCUCCGCUUCAAACCUUGAGGGAAUGCAAUAUCAAGCCUCCUACGAUGGCCGCCAGCCGUCCUUCUCCAGCUCGACCGGCCCCUCGUCGCAAAUGAGCUUUAGCGCCUCACAGUCGGCUUCGCAACCGACGCAGCCAACGUCUCAAUCGGCUCCGAAUUCCUAUCGAAAUCACUCGCAUGCAAAUGGCCAUCAGCAGGUCGCUGUCGAAGAGGGGCCAGCGAUCUAUCGGGCGGUCUAUUCAGGAGUGUCCGUGUAUGAGAUGGAGGUGAACGGUAUCGCCGUCAUGAGGAGACGCCCGGACUCCUGGCUGAAUGCGACCCAAGUGCUGAAAGUCGCGGGGGUGGACAAAGGCAAGCGCACCAAGGUUCUUGAGCGCGAGGUGCAAACCGGCGAACACGAGAAGGUUCAGGGAGGAUAUGGCAAGUAUCAAGGGACCUGGAUCAAUUUCCGACGGGGUCGCGAAUUCUGCCGACAGUAUGGUGUUGAGGAACUGCUGCGCCCGUUGCUGGACUACGACAUCACCAUCGACGACAAUCUCCCAGAGGGAAGUCAGAUGGAGACUCCGACGAAAGAGCAGGCAAUGGCGGCGCUUCGAAAACGAUUCUAUAACACGUCCAUGGACGGACGAGUCCCGGUCCAGACCCCGAACGGGACGUUCUUUUCCAACAUCUCACCCACCGCUUCCAAUGCCCUCGCCGCCAUGAACAAGGUUGCUCGGAUCAAUUCUCCCGCGCCUCGUCCCGGAAGCGCACAGAAACGGCCUGGAACCAAUUCGCAUCGUUACUCCCAGCAGCACAUGCCGGGAAGCCAGGAAUCCUUCCGAAAUGCGAGCCAACAAAGCAUGCAGAGUUUCACAUCCGAACGAAGUUUCAAUGGACCGGUUCCCAACGAGCCCGUCUAUCUCUCGCAAGGGAGCCACUAUGGAAUCGAGGCGGCCGUCGAUCGCCAGAGCGACUUUCAAGAGCCACCAAGGAAACGAAUGCGAUCCAGUCAGGAAGACCCGUUCUCACAGCUUGACAACGGCGACGCCGACAUGCUGGAAGGCACUCCGACGGAGCCGAAUGAAUCGUUUGUUUACCGCGAUCUCGGUCAGCUGCGAGAAGAAGUGGAAGAGGUCGAGCUCCGUACGCCGAUGCCGGCGAUGCCGCAUCCCGGUGACAAGAUCGAUGAGGAUAAGCAGGCACUAUUGAUGGACCUUUUCGCCGACCUCAACCGGACCGAUUAUGUUCACCACGAGGCGUUAACGACGCUCUCCGGUACCGACUUCGACAUUCCUCUGGACAACUCGGCGAACACCGCGCUACAUUGGGCCGCGACCCUUGCGCGGGUUCCUCUUUUACGGCUCCUCAUUUCCCAAGGAGCAAAUAUCUUCCGAGGCAACGUCAUUGGCCAAACCCCUUUGAUGUCGGCGGUGACGGUGAACAACUGCCUAGAACAGAGCUGUUUCCCCGAACUCCUGGAGACAUUGAGCCCCUUGAUCGAGUACCGAGAUACUCAAGGUCGUACCAUCCUCCAUCACAUCGCCGUCUCUUCAGGCAUCAAAGGCCGCGCUACCUCCAGCAAGUACUAUCUCGAAGCCCUAUUAGAGUACUUGGUGAGGAGUAGCAACACUCCUAACGGGCAGCCUGAGCCACCCCCGAGUUCGAGGAAACCGAUUGGGUUGAUGCGUUUCAUGAGCGAGAUGGUCAACGCGCGAGACAAGGGCGGAAACACAGCUCUCAACCUCGUUGCUCGAAUCGGUAACCGCAGCAUCAUCCAGCAGCUUAUCGAGGUGCAGGCCGAUCCGACCAUUCCCAAUUUCAAAGGCUUGCGACCCAUCGAUUUCGGUGUCGGAACCGACUCGGAACGGACAAACUCACAAAUCCCGAUGAGCCAAACCAGUUCUCCCAGCAAAUCCAGACUAUCCUCCAGCCGUAUCGAUGAGAGCAGCCGGGAGAUCUUGCCCUCCUUAUCCUCUUUCCUUUCGCAGACAGAUUCCCAGUUUACGGCCGAGAUCCAACUCAAGCAAGAGAAGGUCGACGAGACGAACGGGCAAAUCCGCGAUGUCUGCGCACGACAGCGCAGCGAAGGCGAGCACCUCGCACACAUGCGUCGAAAGCUACGAGACCGGUCGAAUCGCGAGCAGCGGAUCGCGAACCUCAAACGCGCGCUCGCCGACCAGCGGGUGCGGCUGCAGAGCGGGUCCUUCGAUCUCAACAUGAACGACCUGGGCCCGGAAACUGUGGCCGCCAUGCAGGGGCAACCCAUCUCACGCCACGUGCGCAUCGGCGACGCGGACGACAUGCUCUACUACAACCAGGCGGUCGGCAAUCUCCCUAUCAACCCAGCCCUCGAGUCGUACGAGGACUUCGCCGCGUACGCCGACCAGCUGGCGCGGAAUGGCGUCGCGGAGCACGUAGCCGCCAGCCUGCCCGCGACGACCGCCCUGCGCGCCAUCCUCGCGGUGUACCACGCGGACAACCAGGAGCUGGCCGGGCGGGCGGCAGCGCUCAAGGCGCGCGACGGGGAUCUGGAGGCGCGGUAUCGCCGCGUCGUGUGCCUAUGCACGGGCGUCGAGGAGGAUCGCGUGGACGACAUGCUAGCGAAUCUCGUGGCGGCGGUGGAGAGCGAGCGGGACGAGGUGGAGGUGAGCCGCGUGCGGGAGUUUCUAAGGAAAGUCAACGUGACGGUGACCGCAUGAGUGGCGAUUUACGAGCUGUAUGAUGAUCCCGCGUCAACUCUUGGUUAACGUCGCGUCUACGGCGACUGGAUCCUUCGAAGCAUCCGUAUGAACCUCUGAGCAAUGUACUGUUAAUGAUGGAGCCUAGUGAUCGCAGUAUCGCGAUUCGCCACUGAUAUCCCCUAACGUAGUGAAUGAAAUAGGCAAUAUGAACGGAA